UACUUUUAUUUUUCAAUGAUUACAUUAUUAGUUUGUGAGUCUGUUGGGGAUUGUUUGCAGGAAGCACCAUGGGAAAUACAGCCCAGGCCACAUCCAGGCUGGCCCAGCCAUGGCACUGUGCAAUUUAAAGACUACCAAGUGAGGUACAGAGAAGGUCUGGAUUUGGUGCUUAGAGGUGUUUCUUUCGUGGUUAACGGCGGAGAAAAGAUUGGCAUAGUUGGUCGCACUGGAGCAGGCAAGUCCUCUCUCACUCUGAGUCUGUUCCGUAUACUGGAAGCUGCUGGGGGACAUAUUUACAUUGAUGGUCUGGACAUCUCUACAAUUGGACUGGGAGAUCUCAGGUCCAAGCUUACCAUCAUUCCUCAGGAUCCUGUUCUGUUUUCCGGCUCUCUACGUAUGAACCUGGAUCCAUUUGAGGUGUACAGUGACACAGACCUGUGGCGGGCACUGCAACUCGCUCAUCUCGACGAGUUUACUCGCUCGCAAACUCAGAAGCUGCAUCAUUCUAUCAUUGAGGGUGGUGAAAAUUUGAGUGUUGGCCAACGACAGUUGGUAUGCCUGGCUCGAGCACUGCUGCGGAAAACUCAGGUGUUGAUCCUGGAUGAGGCCACCGCUGCCAUCGACUUAGAGACUGAUGACUUGAUACAGCAGACAAUACGUGAGGAGUUCAAGGAUUGUACAGUGCUCACAAUAGCUCACAGGCUCAACACCAUCAUGGAUUCUGACAGGGUGAUUGUGUUAGAGAGGGGAACACUUAAAGAGUUUGACUCGCCUACAAAUCUACUGAAGCGGCCAGCAUCAAUCUUCUAUGGGAUGGCUAAAGAUGCUGGUCUGGUAUGACAAAAAAUGUUGUAGAGUAACUAAAGAAAUAUUAUACAUUCUACUUUGUGACAUUAUUUUAAGGAAAUUUGAUCCCAAAGAUGUCAAUAGUUAAGGUUUUGUCAGAGUACUUAUUUAAUUUUUGGACUAUUGGUACUUAAGGAAAAUAUUUUUCAGUACUUAAAAUAACAUAAUCAAUCUGUGAGGUACCAAAUAUUCAGUUACAGUAUCGCACAACUGUGAACACGUAGCUAAAGUUUUCAUAAUACUGUUAUUAGUUUUACUUUUCUGCUUUAGAAAAUAAAAAGGGAUAUAAAGAUAUUGAAGAAAAGUAAAUACAUAUUUUAAGAGAUUCAAUAAUCUUACAUCACAUAAUUUUUUGUAUCAAAAUAUGCUUUGUCCAAAAUAUGUGACAGUUUCUGAAAACAAUACAACAGCAUAAACAUGAAGUGUCCAUGUUUAAUCAAAUAUAAGUUUAGUUAAGUUUAAGGAAUGUAUGAGGCCUUACUUUUUAGUUCUUACAGUAUUAAGGGAUAAUAAUCUGUGAAAAGGUAUGGGUUCUUAAAACCAGCAAUUAUAAUCACUAAAGUUAAUAUUUUUCAAUCUGUCAACGUGAUGUUUACAUACAAGAAUGGAUAUGGUAAACAAAUGUGACAGAUGCUGUUUUAACAAAUAAUAUCAUAUAGUUUAGUAAGUGUGGACGCAAUUUUGUUAGAGUUGUUUGUUUUGUUAGAGUAAGGCAUUCCUUACACAUGCCUUGCCUUUAAAAUUAUGAACAGUAUAGAAAACAUCCCUAGCUAAAAUAUGCAGUGAAUAACAUCUUAAAAAUAUUUUUUUAAACACAUGUUAAUUUGUUGUUCUAAAUUAGUAAAACUAAGAGUUUUUCAUACUUUUGGACACCUAGUGUAUAUAAUAUAUAAACUUUUACAUUAAAAGUAACAGUUAUAGGUUUAAACAGUGAUGUACAGUAUUUAUAAGUUAAUUUUUGUACCAAAUGAAAGCUAUAGAAGAUAAUUGUUGGUGCCUUUAGGAGUUGUAUUCUUAAGAUUUAACUUAAUAUUAUUCUUAAGUUGCCAUUUUACAGUUUCCAAAUACAGGUUGCCUUAUAGUGUGAUAAAUCAGUAUUUGUUUUAGUAUGAAGAUGUUAUUUUGUAGGUUUUAAGUUAGUCAUAAAAUAAUGUUGUUAUUAAAUGUUAUUUUAGUUUUUAA